GGUAACUAAUUUCAACACAAAUUUAUUACAACUUUAUCACAAAAUAAUAUUAUUAUUACAUGAAUCCACCUCCCUAUAUAGUCAAACCCCCUUCAACAUUUUCCCAAGAAAAAAAACAAAAAACAAAGAACACCUCUAAAAAUAUGUCUUCUUCACAAACUGAUCCCCUCACACCGCCGCGCCACCAAUCCACCACCACAUUCCGGUGGACACUCCGCGGGAGGAGGCGGCGAUUGGCCACGGUCCGCCUCGGUGGGAAGAAGCCCCGCCGGGGGUUCUUUCUUGCUAGGGUUUGCAGAAGAGUGAAGCUAAAGUGGCUCAAGGGGAAGUACCUUUGCAUGAUGAAAAAGGUGAAGGAAUACUAUAAGGAUGUGGUGGAGGGGCCAGGGGCAGAAGGGUCAUUUCACCGGAGGAUGCUUCUCGAAUCUUCUUACGCCGUUCCUGUUAUGGGGCUUUCUUUCAUGAACUAUCCUUCUUCGAGAGGUCAUUAUUAG